CUAUACACAUACAGCCCCCACAAACAAACGUUAUAAUACGUUCUGCCAUUAGACUCCAGCUGUUGCUGAACUAGAACUCUCAUUUAGGGAAUAACUGCUGCAGAGCCUCUCUGGGAAGGACUGAUGCAAGCCAUGGAACCAGAAAAUGCACAGGGAAAAUCCCCUGCUGAAAAUGAACAGGAAGUUGUACCUGAUGUGGCCUCGGCUAUGAGUGCAAGCUCCGAAGCACUAGAAUUCCUGUGCAGUGUUGGGCUGGAGGAGCUGAAUCUCUGCCUGUUCACUGACUCUUUAGCGACUGUGUCCGUUUCUGGGGUAGAACUAGGCAACUUUGCAGUCAGUGUGCAGCCAGCGUACUAUCAACUGGAUGGACUGGAAGAAGAGAAGUGUUUCCUUGUACAUGCAGCCAGCCAGGGCACCAUCGAUGGAGUACCGUGUGGCACCUCCAUUAUUGGUCACAUCUCAUACAAACUUGAAACUCUGGAGCAGCACGUGCAUGAGUAUGUAAAGCUCAAAGGACACUCUCUGGAUAAGAAGACCCAAAUAGUGAGGCAAGGGGACAAGCUUGUUAUUAACAGGAUCAUUACAGAGGGAGAGAAAUUACACCGUGAAACAUCAUCGCAUUCAACAAGCUUGCUGUCUGGGCUUAUUUCAGAAGCUGCCAAUCUGUUAAUAAUGCGCAUUUUGGCCAGGAGGAAAAUAAAGGACCCACUAAAGUUCCUGGCAUUUGAUGAAGAGGGAAAUUUGUGCACAUCAACUUACGCACCACUAGGAACACAGGCUCAAGUAAUUGGAAAAGAAAUGGUUGAUGUUUUUGGCAUAGAAAGGACAAUCCAUUCUCCAGAGGUUCCCACAACGUGGCAGUGCUUCUUUCUGUCGGAUGGGCAUUUGGCUAGUCAUGUUCAGAUUGGUUCACCAGUGACCAUCAAACUCAAUGAGAUGCCAGUUUUAUCAGAACCAGACGAGAAAGACCCUAAACCUGUGUUUGAAAAGAAGCCUUUGGCUUGGCAAGAGGACCUUCAGCUGCAUUCAGAAUUCCUGGACAGAAAGGAGGAACUAAUUUCUGACCAUGAAACCUACCUAAGGCGCCACCCAGAGGUGAAAGUGCUCCUGGCGGACUUCAUGCAGUUUUUGCUCCUGCGGAAGCCAGAUGAUAUAAUGGAUUUUGCAGCAGAGUAUUUCAAGCCAUUUUCCUCCACGCAGGAGCCCAACGAUCCCUUUGUGUCCUCCCACCAUGCCAGCCCUUUCCGUAAUGUCUCUCAUUAAACAAAAAGAAUUCUA